GCCCUGCCUAUUCAAUGAAUGAUUAUUGAAUUAGAUCUCUGGAUCUAGAUAGGGGCAGGCAAUAUUGAAUGAGAAUAUGCAGAGAGUGAAAAGAAAUGUAAAUGAGGAGAAGUCUCCGCAUGAAGGAGAAAAUGGCAGCUACAGUGCAUUGAAUCCUUUCAGGUGGGUCCAGUUUUUGACGGAAAGAGCUCCUCCGAUUGUAUUCUUCCUGUUGGCAUCCGGUCCUUGUCUCUCUGGACUACAGAUUGUUGAAGGACGCAUUGAAUGGAUCAAGUUUCUAUUUGCGCUAUUUGCAGAACUGGUUCUCUUAUUAACUGUUCGUAUAAUGGACGAUGUCAAAGAUUAUGAAUUAGAUUGUAAGAUACAUCCUGAAAGACCUCUACCAAGGGGUCUCCUGAAAUACGAUGACGUUGUGGUUGCUAUUAAUCUCGUCCUAGCUGCCAUGAUCCUGUAUGCUGUCAUACUAGGAGUCUGGUUUAGUCCUUCUGCUGGAAUAACAUUUGGAAUACAAGUAUUUUACAGUUUCCUGAUGUACAUUGAAUUUGGUAUUGGUGAGUGGUUGGAACCAAGAGUAUUUCUCUAUGCAGUAACUCAUCAAGUCUCAAUAUAUUUUGGUGCCUGGUUCAUAUGUGCAUUAGCAGGUGCCCCAUGGUACAGCUGGUCUGGAUUCUUGCUAGGCAGUGUUGCAUUCUCAGGAUUCUUUACCUAUGAAAUAUGUCGAAAACUUGAUCCUACCUUACCUCUGAAAAAGGGAACGUACUUAGUCGUCUAUGGCAAAUGGAUCACAUUUUUGGUCGUGUGUGUCACAGUAUUGGUGGGCGUGGUCAGUUCCUACUUCCUCCAUAUUCACUGGCUACUUUGGCCAAUGGAGGCCUUCAUGAUACUGAGUUUGCUGGUAUUAUUCCUGAUACAGAAACCAGUCCCAAAGACUAAAACCCACAAACCAGUCGAAGCCCUGGCCAUAAUCUACAUAUUGCUCCACAUGUGGGCGGGGUUUAUUGCCAGCUUCUGGUAAAACUCUAAUCUAAGACAUACAUAAUCUAUUUUUGACAUACUCAGUAAUUGAUAGCUAACAACACCUUUAAUAAUAAUAAUUGAUACUAAUGCUAUAAAGACUCCCACUCACUCAAAGUCUUUGCUAAAUUAAACCUAUUCCCUAUUGACUAGUCUUUCCAAGAAAUGUUAAGAUUUCUAGCUAUGAAACUA